UUGUAACUCUAACACAGUAACACUAUUCUAUAACUUUAAAGGGAAAAAAACAUGGCUCAAUUGCAGAAGUUGGAGGUGCAAGUGGAGCUCAAUUGUUGUGCAGACAAGCUCUUUGGAAUGCUAAUGGCAAAACAGCCAGACAUCCACAACCUCUCCAGCCAGGUUCACACUUGUAAGGUCCUACAGGAUAAUUGCAUCACUGUUGGUAGCUCAAGGAAAUGGGACUUCGUCAUGGAUGGGAAGUCACAAUUCUUGAUAGAGAGAAUUGAGGAAAUUGAUGAGAAGAACAGGAAGGUGAAUCGCAAAGUGAUUGAAGGGGAGUUAAUGAAGCAUUACAAAACUCUGUACAACACAAUUGAGAUCAUUGAAACGGGGGAUGCAACUUGUAAGGUUGUAUUUUCUCUUGAAUAUGAAAAGAUCAAUGAAGAUGCACCUGAACCUCACAACGUUCUUCAAUUUUCAGCUGGUUUCUUCAAGGAAAUUGCGUGUCACUUCACCAACUAAUGUGCGUUCUAAGUAUGAAUUAACCACUAAAGAUGUGUACUACCUUCAUCCGGAUUUACUCGUCACAUUAUUAGUUUACUAUUUAUGUGAGUAUUACUACUUACGGAUGAUAUAUAUAUGGUAGUAAAUAUCACGUAGGGGGUCUAAGCACACUUUGUAAAACCCCAUAUAAAUAAAUGGUUUCUUUAUGUACUACUGCCACCGUUUUAUAAUGAUAUUUACGUUUUCUGUUUUGGUA